GAAAACAGACUGAAGAUGGAGAAUCUAGAAAUAGCUGGCCGUGAAGCAGGAAGAGGCCCUGGUGCCAUCCAGACUGGGACCAGCGAGGGAUUCUGGGAAAGAACCGUGCGGGAGAUCCCGGGCGAGGAGGUCGUCCUCAGCUCAGACGCUCAGCGCCAGUGUUUCAGGCAUUUCCGCUACCAGGAGGCCGAGGGACCCAGAGAGGUUUGCAGCCGACUCCACCAUCUUUGCCGCGAGUGGCUGAAGCCGGAGAGACACACCAAGGCUCAGAUCCUGGAUUUAGUGAUCCUGGAGCAGUUCCUGGCUGUCCUCCCCCCGGAGAUGGAGAACUGGGUCAGGGAAUGCGGAGCGGAGACCAGCUCCCAGGCGGUGGCCCUGGCAGAAGGUUUCCUCCUGAGUCAGGCAGAGGACCAGAAGCAGGGAGAGCAGCAGGGUCUGUUUUCAGAAGUGGCUCCUGGUUUCCCUGACGCAGCGAAGCCUCCGGUGGAUCCCCGAGAAAGAGAGACUGUCCAGGAGGGUCUUGGAGGUGCCACCUCACUGGGUGAAGGAAUGAUCCUGACAAGGCCUGCUCAGCCAUCUCUCCUUUAUUCCAGAGGGGAAGCAGUUGCUGCGACACCAAAUCAGAUGCCUCUCGUUGUCUCCCAGGGUUCAGGAUCCUCCUUUGAGGAGGUUGCUGUGUACUUCACGGGGGAGGAAUGGUCUGGGCUGGAUCCUCACCAGAAAGCGCUGCAUACAGAAGUCAUGCAGGAGAACGGCCAUCUUGUCACCUCUCUCGGUAAGACCCUCUAGCAGACAAUCGCAUU